GUUCUUGUCUGGAUAGGUCUGAUAUCGAUUCUUGUUGCACAGAACGGCUUUUUCGAAAGAGCAGCUGCUCAGAGAAAGGUUCAUAUAGUGUAUUUGGGUGAAAAACUACAUGAUGAUCCAGAGGUUGUCACUGAUUCUCAUCAUCAGAUGCUGUGGUCACUUCUUGGAAGCAAAGAGGCAGCACAUGGUUCCAUGGUAUACAGUUAUCGGCAUGGCUUCUCAGGCUUCGCGGCCAAGCUUACAGAUCUCCAAGCCGAGCAAAUCGCGGAGUUACCAGAAGUUAUUCAUGUCAUACCGGAUAGAUUCUACGAACUGGAGACUACUCGGACUUGGGAUUACUUAGGACUUUCUCCGGUUCAUCCCAAGAAUCUCCUGAACGAUACUAACAUGGGAGAUCAAGUAAUCAUCGGUGUAGUUGACUCAGGAGUAUGGCCCGAGUCAGAAUCGUUCAAUGACAGAGGGAUGGGACCGAUACCGAGCCGUUGGAAAGGAGGAUGCCAAUCAGGACAACGGUUCAAUGCCUCGACACAUUGCAACAGAAAGCUAAUAGGAGCAAAGUACUUCAUCGACGGCCUCGUUGCCGAGACCGGAAACUUCAACACAACGGAGAAUCCAGAGUACAUUUCCCCGAGAGACUAUGUCGGCCAUGGCACGCAUGUUGCUUCAACGGCAGGAGGCUCUUUUCUUUCGAACGUAAGCUAUGUAGGCCUCGGUAGAGGAAGAAUGAGAGGCGGUGCCCCUCGUGCUCGUAUUGCUGUAUACAAGCCUUGUUGGAAUCAUCAACCAAGUUGUACGGCAUCUGAUAUCUUGGGAGCAAUAGACGAAGCUGUACAUGACGGUGUUGAUGUCUUAUCCAUCUCUCUCGGGUCCACUAUUCCUAUCCUUCCAGAGAUUGAUACCCACGAUGGAAUUGCAGUCGGAGCAUUCCACGCAGUAGCAAAAGGCAUUCCGGUCAUAUGUGCAGCUGGUAACAUCGGCCCUGCUGCUCAGACCGUCGUAAACGUGGCUCCAUGGAUCUUGACAGUGGCUGCAACCACUCAAGACCGAUCCUUUCCCACUCCGAUCACACUAGGGAACAAUAUUACUAUACUGGGUCAGGCACUGUACGUCGGUCAAGAACUUGGUUUCACUUCUCUACUCUAUCCACAGAACGUUUCAGGAGAUUGUGAGAAACUUUCUGCCAUUCCCAACCGGACAAUGGUGGGAAAAGUUGUCUUGUGUUUCACGUCAAAGACAGAUUUCACGGCUGUUUUAAGUGCUGCAGCUGCUGUAAACGAAGCUGGAGGUCUCGACUUUAUAGUGGCAAGGAACCCAGGCCACACUCUUAUUCCAUGUGGCAGUAUUCCAUGUGUUGCCGUGGAUUACGAGCUCGGGACCGACAUAUUGUUCUACAUACGUUCCACUCGAUCACCUGUUGUGAAGAUACAGCCCUCGAAAACGCUCGUUGGACAACCCGUGGCUACAAAGGUCGCGACUUUCUCGUCGAGAGGACCUAGUUCGAUUUCUCCAGCAGUUCUGAAGCCGGAUAUAGCAGCACCGGGAGUGAAUAUAUUGGCAGCAACCUCUCCCAAUGACGUAUUAGGUGAUGGAAGAUUCAAUAUGAUGUCAGGGACGUCAAUGGCUACUCCCGUUGUUUCAGCCAUUGUAGCUCUUCUCAGGCCUUCACACCCUGACUGGUCCCCAGCUGCCAUUAGAUCAGCUAUUGUCACUACAGCUUGGAAAACCGAUCCUUCUGGAGAACCAAUCUUCGCAGACGGAUCGAACAGGAAAUUAGCUGAUCCAUUCGACUACGGAGGAGGCCUUGUGAAUCCAGAGAAAGCCGCAGAUCCUGGUCUGAUCUACGACAUGGGCACAUCAGACUAUGUCCACUACAUGUGUUCUGUUGGUUACAACGAUUCCUCCAUUUCCCAGAUCGUCAAAAACGCAACAGUUUGUCCGAACCCUAGGCCAUCGAUUCUUGAUCUAAACUUGCCUUCAAUCACGAUUCCAGAUCUUAGAAACGAGGUCACUCUCACAAGAACGGUCACUAACGUCGGACCAGUAGACUCGGUCUAUAAGGUCGUGGUCGAGCCACCAUUGGGCGUUAGUGUGACCGUGACACCAGACAUGAUCGUGUUCAACUCUACUACCAAAAGGGUCUCCUUCACGGUUCGAGUCUCGACCGGACACAAAGUGAACAGUGGGUUCUACUUUGGGAGCUUGACUUGGACCGAGUCUGCUCAUAAUGUGACCAUCCCUUUAUCCGUCAGGACACAGAUUCUUGAACGCUACUACGACGAGAACUAAAUGAUCAAGAAUCUGAUUUCGUUAUCGGAUUCGGGAUUUUAGUUAUGUUUGUGUGUGCUAAUAGCUAUAAUAAGCCAAAGUCUCCUUUGUGACUAUUGGUAUUGGACUGUAUUUGCA